AUUUUGGAGAAACUUCCAGAUGAGUUUAACAUGGCUGAACUUUACAGCAAGGCAGAAGAUCGAACCCCAUACACUGUUGUUGCUCUUCAGGAAUGCGAGCGAAUGAAUUUUUUAACAAAAGAAAUCCGUAGAUCCUUGAAAGAACUCGACUUAGGAUUGAAAGGUGAACUGACUAUCACUACAGACAUGGAAGAGCUGGGUAACGGACUUUUUCUAGACCAAGUACCAGCAUCUUGGACCAAACGAGCUUAUCCAUCCAUGUAUCCCUUGGGUGUUUGGUAUGCUGACUUACUGUUACGUAUAAAAG